AUGAGUGCAACACCUACUAUUAAACUUGGAACAGGCAGAGAAUUAACAGCAGAAGACAUGGAAGAAUUCUGGCGUGAAAAUCCAGAUGGCAUAAUGACUGAUGCAACAUACAAAAAGUUCUAUCAAAAACAGAAAGAAGACAGUAUUGUACGAAAAUUUCCUCGCGAAAUCGCAUUUGCUCUCUUCGAUUCAAAUAACGACAAAAAGAUUGACUUUGUAGAAUUCUUAAUGGCCAAUGCUUUCGCAUCGUCGAAUAGUAGGCGUGAAGCAUUAGAUUAUUUAUUUGAUUUGUGCGAUACUUCUCUUGAUGAAAGAAUGGAUAUGAUUGAAUUAGCAGCUUUUAAUGCGAUCAUCGCCAGCAGUGUAAAGGAAACUCAGAAUGUCUCGGCUUACGAAACUAUGAAAGUUGCUGGGAAAAUUUUCAAUUUCAUCGGUUUGAAUGCAGAAAAGAAAUUAACCAAAGAACAAUUCAUUAAAGAAUGUGAAAAAGUUCCAUUAAUCAAAAGAAUGUUCAAAAUCAAGAAAUAA